AUGUACACCGACUUGUUGACCUUCGCCUUUCGCGGUCCUGUUCACCAUGACCCCGAGCGCCCGUUGUACAUCGACGCGGAGGACCCCGAGCGUUCCUUCAAUGCGCGGCAGUUUGAGACGCUGGUUCGAAUGCUGAUUGCGGGCCUAAAAGCCCACCAUGUGCAAAGAGGGGACUGUGUGCUGGUCCACCUGGGGAAUAGUAUCAUAUACCCCGCCCUCUUCUUCAGCAUCAUCGGCGCUGGCGGCGUCUUCAUGGGCUCGAACGCCCGCAGCCAACCACAGGAGCUGGACCAUAUUCUUCAGCUGGCGCAGCCCCGACUAAUCAUCACGUCGCGCGAGGCCCUGCCCACGGUGCUGAGCGUGUCAGCCGACCGGGGAAUUCUCCCCAGCCAGGUGUGCGUGCUGGACGAGGCUGCAGGUGAUCACAUCGCCCACCGUCUCCUGGUCGGCCCACUGGCCUACGCGGUUGCAGGUGCGCCAUAUCUCCCGAGCGGCGACAACAGCUCCUGCAUGAACUUCGCCCACCUCCUCGGCUACGGCGAGAGCGAUUGGGUGGCCUUCCAGGACGAGGCCAGGGCCAAAGCCACGCCCGCCGCGAUGUUCUCCACCAGCGGCACCGGAGGCCUGCCCAAGGCGGCCCUCCUCUCCCACCACGCUAUCGUGUCCCAUCACCGCAGCAUCCACUACGAGGUGCCCUACGAGGUGUCCCGGCUCAUGUCUUUGCCCAUGUUCCAUCUGUUUGGCGCCCUGUGGACCCACCUGUUCCCCAUCCGCCACGGCCAGCCCCUGUUCGUGCUGUCGCGCUUCGAUCUGACCCAGUUCGUCGCCGCCGUGUACCAGUACCGUAUCACCGAGACCUACAUGGUCCCGGCCAUGAUUCACACCUUCCACCGCUCCACCCUGCCCAUCGCGGACUACCUGGCCUCCCUCCGCUACGUUGGCGUGGCGGGCGCCCCCAUCGACGCGGCCGCCAUGCAACAGUUCCAGGAAUUCCUCCAGCCGAAUGCCCAGGCCUCCCAGCUCUGGGGCAUGACCGAGGCGGGCGUGGUGUUCCAGAACCGGUACGGCGAGCCGGGCCACGCCGGAAGCAUCGGCCGGCUGCUCCCUGGAUACGAGGUGCGGCUGGUCGGACAGGAUGGGCAGCUGGUGGUGGAGGACAACCGCCCCGGCGAGCUGUACGUGCGCGGUGCUGGCCUAAUGAGCGGGUAUAAGGGACGCAGCGACGCGAAGGACGCGCAGGGGUGGUUCCGCACGGGGGAUGUGGCGUACUUCAAUGGCGGGUUGUUCUACAUCUACGGCCGCACGAAGGAGCUGAUCAAAGUUCGCGGAUGGCAAGUAGCCCCCGCGGAGCUGGAGGGAGUGCUGCUGAAGCACCCGGAGAUCGACGACGCGGCGGUGAUUGGGGUUACAUCGCAAGACGGCAGCACGGAGCUGCCGCGGGCGUUUGUGGUGCGAGCCAAGAGGGGGGCAGGCAGCCGAGUGACGGCGGAGGAGGUGUAUCAGUUCUCGCGGCGACAAUUGGCCAGCUACAAGGCGCUGGACGGGGGGGUGGUCUUUGUCGAGGAGAUUCCGCGCACGGCCAGUGGCAAGAUCCAACGCUUCAAGCUGUCGCAGAUGAACACCUACCGUGAGAUCGUGAGCUCACUCCUGGCGCAGUACAAGGGGCCCAGUCUCCAGACGGUGGGGAUCAUGCAUCCCGGACACAUCACGGUUUGA